CACUCUUCUUUGGCCAUUUGGUCAACCCACUGUCUCAAAAAGUCUCUCUCUUUCUUUCGUUCAUUCAUAACACUGGUUCAUCUCUGCUUUGCGGCUCCCACUAUCGUCCUCCUCCUCGUUCCUUUCACAUCAGCUUCUGUUCUGCUUUGCUUCACUGAAAUCCUUGUGAGAUCUGAGAAUGGGAACACGUUCUUCAAUUCUGGAACGCCUCUUCCUCUUUCUCAUUCUCCUUUUGCGCCUUCCUCUGUUUCAAGCACGCACUUUACCCUCAGACACUCAAGCUCUCAAAGCCUUCAAAGCCUCCGUUAUUCCGUCUUCUAUCCCUCCGUCGUCUUGCUUAGCUUCCUGGAACUUCGCUGUUGAUCCUUGCUCUCUCCCUCGCCGGACCUCCUUCGUCUGCGGCCUCACUUGCUCUCCCGACUCCACCCGCGUCACACAAAUCACCCUCGACCCCGCCGGCUACUCUGGUUCACUCUCCCCUCUUAUCUCCCAGCUCACCCAACUCACCACCUUGGACCUCUCUGACAACUCUUUCUCCGGCCAAAUCCCACCGUCUCUCUCCUCCCUGACCACCCUCCAAUCCUUAUCUCUCCGAUCCAAUUCCUUCUCUGGCUCUAUCCCUCCUUCCAUAAUUAACCUUAAGUCGCUCGAGAGUCUCGACCUCUCUCAUAACUCCUUCUCUGGGUCCCUCCCAAGUGCAAUGGCUUCUCUUGCUGGCUUGAGAAGAAUGGACGUGAGUUUCAACAAGCUAACUGGGCCUCUCCCGAAGUUGCUUCCGCCGAACCUGAUCGAACUCGCGAUGAAGGGGAAUUCAUUAUCUGGCUCUCUGAAUAAAUUUACGUUCGAGAAACUAAACCAAUUGGAGGUGGUUGAGCUCAGCGAGAACGCACUCGCCGGCAAAAUUGAGGCUUGGUUCUUUCAAUUACCUUCGCUUCAGCAAGUUGAUUUGGCGAACAAUAGCUUUACCGGCCUCGAGACCUCGAGACCGGUCGGAGGUAACAGUGAUCUCGUGGCGGUUAAUUUGGGGUUUAACAAGAUCCAAGGUUACGCGCCCGCCAACUUCGCCGCGUAUCCUGUGUUGUCGUUUUUGUCACUCCGGUACAACUCGUUACGUGGCAGGAUCCCAUUGGAGUACAGUCAGAGCAAAUCCAUGAGGAGGUUGUUCUUGGACGGGAACUUCCUGAUCGGGAAGCCGCCGGCUGGGUUCUUCACCGGCAACGGCGGUGCAGUGCUUUCCGGCAGCUUGGGUGAUAAUUGUCUGCAGAGCUGCCCGGCAAAUUCACAGCUGUGCACGCCUGCCCAGAAACCGAUCUCUGUUUGCAAGAAAGUUUACCGAGGAAGACCAUGAUCUUGAUUCAUGGCGUCUCCUUGCGUUGAUUUAAAAUAAUAAUAAAAAGAUUACCACUUUUGUAUUCUUUGCUGAAUUAUUAAUAGGAUUAAGGGGCGUUUGACGUGAUUAAUAAGAGACCUUUGUAAAUCA